UGGGCGAGAGAAAGAAUACUACGAGGACAUUAUGUCUAAAAUUAAUGGUGUCCUACUGCCAGGCGGUGCAACUUAUUUCAAUCAAUCGCGUGGCUAUGCCGAUGCCGGUCAACACAUUUACAAUAUUGCCAUUGAAAUGAAUGAGGCCGGCACAUAUAUGCCCAUUUGGGGCACUUGCUUGGGUUAUGAGCUUAUGAUCUAUUUAACAGCGAAUCGUACAGAUUUACGCACCGAGUGCUCGUCAUCGGCGCAAGCAUUACCGCUGGAAUUCGAGAAAGGCUACAACAAUAGCAGACUGUUUGGCAAUGCCAGCGCUGAAGUGUUGCACAUAUUGAGAACAUACAAUGUGACAGUUAAUUUUCACAUCUUCUGCUUUACGAAGGAGACAUUUGCCAUGUACGACCUCAACAAGUACUGGGAUGUGCUUAGCAUCAAUAAUGACUGGUAUGGCGCAGAAUUCAUAUCGACCGUGGAGCAUGUCAAAUAUCCAUUUUAUGGCGUGCAAUUUCAUCCGGAAAAAAUUCUUUAUGAAUUCAUUCCUAAUCGAAAUAUUACACACACUUCGCAAGCUGUCAUCGCAUCACAAUAUUUUGCAGAUUUUUUUGUGAAUGAAGUGCGUAAAAAUCGACAUUCUUUCGCCAAUCGUACAGAGGAGAUCGAUGCGCUCAUCUACAACUAUCAGCCGGUGUACACGGGUGCUAAGGGUUCUGCUUUCGUCCAACAAUAUUUGUUUGAGGCAUAUCACGCCAGCACAUCAUCAGCAUUUCUAGCGGGUGCCACGCGAUUGCACUGUUUGUUGGCAUUGAUUACGAUAUGUGUCGUGGGAGCGUGGAGGCGUGUAUGACGUCAUAGUGGUCUCAGAAUUUUUUAGGCUAUUCGGUCAUUUAGUUUAGUCAUUAAUUUUAUUGCUUGUUUAACUAUUUUGUUGCCAUAAUUUUCGAUAAUCACUCGCUGCUAAUAUGUAUGUAUGUAUGUAUGUAGUUCCUUUAGAAAAUGCUAUUCAAUGCAGUUUUUACAUAUAUGUAAGUAUGUAUGUGCAAACAAAGAGCUUAAAGUAUAAAAGCAUAUUAAAGUAGAGAGACGGUCAUCAACGCAUUUUAAUGCCUGCCUAAAUCUAGCACUGCUACAAUUUUGAAUGUAAUAGGGGUAUUCACUCAAACCGAAAAUGCCUAUUAAAGCUCGAAAGCUUCGACCGAACUGCCAAGUAUUUAUGAAAAAAAUUUUUUUAGGCUGAAUUUUCUAACUUUUCGAGUUCGAUGAAUGCUUCUAUGGUUCUUUUUAGUUCCCCCCAAGGCAAAAGAAACAGACAUUUGAGCAAAAACAACAAAAACAGCAUUUAAGUGCAUUUUGUGGUUGCUUCUGGUCUCCAAAGUGUCAAACAAAAUUUCAGAUUUUUUUUUAAAUAUCAUAAUGGGCCAUGUGAAAUAUAC